AUGACUCAAGUUGUGCCUGAACAUGUGGCGCGUGCAAAACUCGGUGACGGCACGAAUAACGCAAACAAUCGAAAAGACAAUAGUAGCGCAAGUAAAAAACGAUCUCAACGCUCGAACUCAGCAACAUUAAGUACCAUAUCUGUGACAUGUGAUACCGAUACAUCUAUACGAUCUCGACAGGGUCGUCAUCAACAAUCUCCAACGAAAACAUCUACCAUAUCAAACAGUACAAUAAGUGGAUCACAUUCAUCAUCAACAUUAAUGAAUGUGUCUGUUAAUCCGCCUCCAACAGCAUAUCGAAAUCAUCAAUACAAAUUGAGUGGAAAUAAUUCCUCGUCAAUGUCAACAAGUGCAACGACAACAUCGGGAAUGAAUAUGAUUCUCGAAAAAUCAGCUAUGAGUUCAUCGUCAUCAACGUUAUCGAUGCCGAAUAGGAAUUUGACAAAAAAUACAAGUGGAAAAGGUGCUGGCGCUAUUGGUGGAACAGCGUUUUCUACAAGAAACUUUUCUAACAAACAACGAGCAACAUCGUUCGACGAACAUCAACAUCAACGUUCAACUCAGAAUCGUGGAAUUGGCAAGAGCGUUCUCGAACAUCUUGUUUUUGUCUUCCCAGAAAAUGUCCGAAGAAUAUUAGGAGGACCGAAAAACGUAACCGUGCGCAACGACGAAAGCCGACAACCGACGGAGCCUGUAGAUAUAGGCGAACCGCCAUCUAUAGAGGAGAUAAAAAGCUGGGCGGAAUCCUUUGACAAAUUAAUGCUAAAUCCCGCUGGUCGCCGUUAUUUUCGUGACUUUUUAAGAUCCGAAUAUAGUGAAGAAAACUUCCUAUUUUGGAUGUCCUGUGAAUCACUCAAAAAUGAACAAAAUCCUGAAAGAAUCGAAGAAAAAGCAAGAUCAAUCUAUGAAGAUUAUAUAUCUAUUCUUUCUCCAAAAGAAGUCAGCCUAGACAGUCGAGUACGAGAAGUAAUUAAUAGAAAUAUGGUUGAACCAUCUCCGCAUACAUUCGACGAAGCCCAAUUACAAAUCUAUACUCUAAUGCAUCGUGACUCUUAUCCACGUUUUAUAAAUUCACAAAUAUACCGGCGAUUACUACGUAACGAAGAUCCAGCUACUUGA